AUGUCAAGGGCCAUUGAACCACUGAUUGUAGGGAGAGUUGUAGGAGAAGUGGUGGAUAUAUUCACUCCUAGUGUGAAAAUGACUGUGACUUAUAACUCCAACAAGCAAGUUGCUAAUGGCUAUGAAUUCAUGCCGUCUUUCGUUUCUACUAGACCUAGAGUUGAGAUUGGUGGAGAAGACAUGAGGACUGCAUAUACACUAAUCAUGACAGACCCUGAUGCUCCAAGCCCUAGUGAUCCAUGCUUAAGAGAACAUAUCCACUGGAUGGUCACUGACAUUCCUGGCACAACUGAUGUAUCUUUCGGAAAGGAAAUUGUGAGCUAUGAGAUUCCAAAACCUGUGGUUGGUAUCCAUAGAUAUGUGUUCAUCCUGUUCAAGCAGAGAGGAAGGCAAACUGUGAGGCCACCAGCUUCGAGAGACUGUUUCAACACUAGAAGGUUCUCAGGAGAGAAUGGAUUGGGCCUGCCAGUGGCAGCAGUGUACUUCAAUGCACAGAGAGAAACUGCUGCAAGAAGAAGGUGA